CAGGGUGUGACCAGUCAACAAGCUAAGGCUCCUGAUCCCACCUCUUAUGUCCAGCGGUCCGUGUUUGUCCUACUCUUAAUUUUGUAUUCUUAAAUAGGACUUAUGAGAUUGAUCACUUUUCGUUAUUUUCACGUUCACAAUACCAUGGUCCCGUGGGGAUCCGGGUUAGAAUAGGUCCUCAGUACCCCUUGCUUGUCGUAAGAGGCGACUAAAUGGGGCGAUCCUUCGGAUGAGACCGCAAAAUCACUGCAGGUGUGGCACGAUAAAGACCCCUCCCUGCUCAAAGGCCAUAAUCGCCCGAGCAUAGGCCUAAAUUUUACAGCCUUUCACCGGCAAUGGUGACGUCCCCAUAUGAGUGAAAAAUUCUCGAGCGGGACGUUAAGCAAUAUACAAACAAUCACAAUACCAUGCACCAAUAAUCACUUUUGUACUUUUAACUUUAGAUUUUGAAUUACUGUAUCUUCCUAUAGCUGAGAUUAACUGUUGGCCAUGUUACAUUAUGAUAAAAGAAUUCGCCAUGAAUGACGAUUUCUAUGCAAUAACUUCUCGUGCAUCUCAAAUCUUUAAGGAGGUAUGCUACACCAGAGAAAUUUGAUGUAGAUGAAAAGUGUAGGUUAUGUACAAAAAUAUUUUGAAUUUGAAAAUUUUCAAAUUUACUUUAUUUUGUCAAAAAAUACAGUUUUAGUAGAAGGUAAUCUGAAAAAAAUUUAAAACCCCUGCUGGACUCGAACCUGCGACGUACAGUUCAGCAGUCGGUAUUCUAACCUACUGAGCUACUCGGCUAGGUAUUUAAAUGGAAAAGGAAAAGUCAAAUAUUGCUGAUAUCGAUUUUGUCAUCCAUGUUUUUAAAGGAAGUCAGCCAUUAUGACGAUGUAGAGUACUACCUUAAAGGUCAUCUGCUAGGACCCGUCACAUUUACACCUGAUGUCGAGCGUUUGGCGAUAGAACUGUCACUACCUGUUUUAACAACUUGGCGAACUAAACUACUAAAUUGAUGUGACUUCUACGAUAUGUUUUUCAGUCAUUUCUUGACUUUUUACCUGAAUUUUUCAUCCGGAAAAUAAUUCAAGCAGCGCCACUUAUAAUAAUUUUAUUCUUAAUUUUGGACAAUCGGGCAACACCUAGACAUUUAUAUAAGUACAUUCGGUAUAAGUAUCAGGUGGUUUGGUACUCGCAUUUUAUUUCAGUCCAAAUUGGCUUCCAUACACCCGCGAAAUAUUCAUAAGCAGUUUUUCCAACAGCUAAAUAGCAUGUCUGCUAUAGGGAGAUUGAGUGGAAAAGUCGCACUAAUUACAGGGACCAGUUCCGGUAUUGGGCCAGGGACAGCCAUUUUGUUUUGUAAACUUGGUGCAGAGGUAGCUAUAACAGAUAGAAAUGUUUACAAUUUGACGACAACAGCUGUCGAAUGUGAAAAAGGAAAUGGAAAAAAGCCAUUUACUCUCAACGGUGAUCUAACGAAUGAAGAUUUUGUGAAGCAACUUGUGGAUGAAACGGUAAAGCAUUAUGGGAAGUUGGACAUACUGGUCAAUAAUGCAGCGAUAUGGAAAGCUGGGACCAUUGAGACGACGUCACUGGGGCAGUACGAUGAUAUUAUGACCGUUAACGUCAGAGCCACUUAUCAUCUGACUAUGCUUGCAGUUCCUCAUUUGGUCAAAACAAAAGGAAGCAUUGUCAAUGUAUCGAGUGUGAAUGGCGUUAGAGCAGUAAGUUUUGUAAACUUAUCAUGGUUAGUCAUGAAAUACUUGAAAUGAAAUUUGGAAAUUUCUAAAUGAAAUGUUUUGAUUUCAGAAAUUGAUUUUAUCCUUCAAAUUGAACCAUCUUUGUUGAUGGUUUAUUAUGCAGCCAGUAUUGUACAAAUGUAUAUGAUUGUAUGACAUUGCAUGGCAUUACAGAAACCUUAGGUUUCCGCAAGUUUGCACUGCGUAAACCACCUGGAAUCGGGGACGGCCUAGGUUUACGCACUCUGUAAACCCCAUGUAAACUUGAAGUUUCCAAACUGAAACCUUGCGUAAACCAUUUGUUUUCUUAAGUUUCCGCACAGUUUCCGCACCAUGGAAACCAUAAUUUUCAUGCAGUGUUGCUGACGAAAUGUGCGAAUUCAGGGAUAGUGUUUAUGAAAUACCCAUCAUAAUUUUCCGACUUAGUUGACGAUCAAAGCUGGUCAUCAUCCCCCCUCCCCCCCCCCCCCCCCCAAAAAAAACCCAGCCGAGUUCAUACUGGGAAGCGUCAAAUUUUCCCCACGCUAAUUACCCCCCCCCCCCCCCAAAAAAAAAACCCAACAACAACAAAAACAAAACACUUGAUGGUUCAGAAAUGGGGAUUUCAUGUAUUUUUCGUGUUUCAUUAACUUUACCAAAAAAAAAAAAAAAAAAUGACUGUGAUGAUAGCAUGUCAUAUAAUGUUUUGCUGAGUGUGUUUUUAUUUGUAUUUUUCAUGAAUGAAUUAUGUCAUUUGAUUGUCACCUAUAUGUGGAGACAGAUUCGGCAACUUGCGAUUUUCGCGUUGUUAUUGUUUGACGUCGUCUACUCCGGCACGGUUUGGGGAAUUAUCGUUUACAUGAGGUGUAGUGCGAGUAACACACGGAACUCUGGUAAGAGAAUACUUAGCCUACCGCUUAGUCUGGAUCAUACCGACGUUUGUGUAUACGCCGACUGCCCGGGGAGUCGGCGUAUUCCCAAACGUCGAGAUGAUCUAGACUACCAGUCGCUUGGAAAAUUAAAGUCAACACCGCUUAUUUUUCCUUCCUAAAAACCGUCAGUUUUAAUAACUUCAAAGGAUGUCAUGUUAUUUUGUUUAAUUGGUGCAUUAAUAUAUGCAUAUAUUUUAUGAUUUACCUACAAAUUAAUAUCGUUUUCCGAACCCGCGUUAUGAACCCGGAGAUAGUACUGUUGCACAAGCACUUGUUUCAUAAUGGAUCCCCUUCCUUAAUAAUACCACAAGGUUCCUAACAAUAAAGUUAUUGAAUAGCUCAAAGUAAAGCAAUUGUUCUACACCAAAUUAUGAUGAAAGAACAACAAUUUUGAUGCACAAAUAAUGUCUCUUCAGUGAUGCUCAACCGAAAUGUUUGAAAUCCGACAUAACUAUGAAGUUUUAGAGCUAUUAUAGGGAAAACAGUGUGCCAAAAAAGUGGAGUCAAAUUCGUCUAAGGAUAAGAGCCAUGUGUGAGGGAGAUAUUCCUUAAUUUUGAAAUGAAUUUCUAAAUUUUAUAACAGCAAUUAAAUAUACAUCCGUAUUUUCAAGCUAGUAAGUAACGAAGUACUUAUAAUUAGCUACUGGGCUUUUGAGACCCAUCGGGGACUAACAGUCCACCAGCAGAGGCCUCGACCCAAGGGUCAUAAUGUAAAACUUGUACGGUACCAAUUUUGAUACACCAGAUGCGCAUUUCGACAAAUAAUGUCUCUUCAGUGAUGCUCAACCGAAAUGUUUGAAAUCCGAAAUAACAAUGAAGUUUUAGAGCUUUAUAUAGCCAAAAACAGCGUGCCAAAAAAGUGGAGUCAAAACAUAAGUUUUUAUCCCCUUCAAUACAAACAGCCUUAAAAUGUAUUUUGAAUAUUUAUAGUUUGUAAUAUAACAUGUUUCUCUCAAAUUAAAGGUGUUGUUCUUUCAUCAUAAUUUGGUCUAGAACAAUUGCUUUACUUUGAGCUAUUCAAUGAAUUUAUAUACCAAGGACGCAGAGCUUCGCACUAUAGAAUGGUUUGGAUUGCCAGAAAGAUAUUAUCUAUUUGCACAUGACAGUUAAAAACCAUUAUUACACGAGUUGCAUGGAUAUAAAAAAGACUGGUGACUCCAUUGUCUCGAAAACGCAUCACCGUCCACCUCGACAUCCUUCACAGACACUUAAAUAUUCAUUUUAACUAAAUCUUAUUACAUAAUAAUGUAUCACAAACAUUUAAUUUAUUGUGUUUACAUUUUAAUGCUGUGUAGAGUGUUUAUGAUACAUUCUUUUCAUUUAUGUCACCUUAGAAAUAGACACAGCUGUUCCAAAACAUCAAUCGAUACGAUACCGUUUAUGAAUGUUCACUUUGCACGCACGCAAAAGGGAACUUGUAUCAUUCGUCGUUAUUUCCCCCCGCAAUUACAUAUGUGCACAUAUUGACUGUUUGAUAGGUUUAGUUAAUAGCCAUUGAUUACACAAAUAGAUUAUUUUGUUAACACGUAGUUAGCAAACAAAAACCUCACCGACUUUAUUCUGAUAUGUUAAUGGUUUCUUAAUUUUAUUUUUAAUUUGAUUUUGACUUAUUUCUAUACAUAGUUACUAAACGAAAUGUUAUUACUUCCAUGAACAGAAUGCCAUUUCUCUCAAUUGUCAUGAUCAGUUCUGUUGCACUUUUUUAUUCAUCUAUUUAUUUAUCUCUUGUCUAAUAAUAUAUUCAUUUUUACCAAGCCAGAUUGAGGAUUCCAACCCCCCAUUCCCCAUUACAUGACAUAGCCCCUUCCAACUGAAUUAAGCUAUUUGAUUCAAAAGAAAAUUGGAAUUCACACACUUUAAAAAGUCAUUCGAGCUCACAGAGCAAUCCAAUAUAAAGCGAUGGAUCGCUGCGCUUAUUACAUCUUAAUAGCAAAUGAAUAAUAAUUGAUUACAGCAUUAUUGCAAAUAAUUGUAUUUAUGGAAUUUAUGAUAUGAUUUUUAGGGUCUGUUUGGGUUAAUAGAUAAUUCGUUCGCAAACUUCCACCAGAGUUCGUUUGCUCACAAACCAACUAUUCGUAGGUGACGUAAUGAGGCCUCGACGGGGAGUUUGAAUUCGUUCGGUCUAGUGACACACGUGUGCACCAUCAUUACGUCACACUAUUUGUAAACAAACGUUGCAAACGUCAUAGCUAGUUAUAUAUCUCGAGGAAAUUUACUCACCCUCCAUCCCCAUCCUUCUCCACACAGCUUUGAGGUUAACUGCUGGUAUUUUAUGAUUUCUCCUUUUGCAUUUUAUUGUAUAAUUUUUGUGCCAAUUCAUGUAUCAAUUCUUGUGCUAUUGUAUAAAACAGAAACGUAAGGUUUAAUUUGUUUCAGAUAUUUUUAAUACUACACAUUGUCUUUCGUGUAGAAAGGAAGGAUGUUAAAUUAUCUUAGCAAACAACUGUGUAAUCAUAUAUUUAUUGAUUGUCAGGGGAGACCACUCAUUUUUCAGAUUUAUGAUUUUUGUAAUUAAGUUAGUACAUGGUAAUCUCCCCUUUAUCAUUAUACAUAAUAUAUAUUUAUUGUCAUUUAAUAAAUGACAAAUGUAUCACAC